CGAUUAUUGAGGAGAUGAUCAUCAGCAGCAGCAGCAGCAGUACUAGAGAAGGCUGUGUCUGGAAGGUUGAGACCAUACUUUAACCAUUAACUCUGUGUGCAGUACACGCACCGAAAGCAACAUUCCUCCCCCGCAUUCUCAAGCAUAUCCCAUGUGGUUGAUAGCGCAAUGGUGCUCUUGACCUCGUCGACCGUUUCGGUGAUCAUCUCGUCCGGGGUUAUCUGCGUCUUUACCUUUGCAUUGUUUUUGUCUGGUUAUGUCCUGCAACAACAAUCCGUGCGCAACAUCCAACACGCCAUCCGCGCGCCGGACCGGCCAUCUGGUCCUCUAUACCGCGACAACGUGAAGAACAACAAUCCAGAGAUCUUCGCCAAUACCGAACCCCAAAUCCCAAACCAACAACCGAUACUCCCUCCACAAGAAGAGAGAACACAAGACCAAGAACAAGAACAAGACCAACCAGCAACGGACCCCAUCCCCCCCUCCUCCCCACCACAAGGCAACUACGCCUACCUCCAACUCCUCUCCUCCCCAAACCCAACAACCAUCUGCUCCGCGAUCCUCUUUUUCCAACACCUGGCAACAAACCACACCAAAAUCCAAGACCGCCUCUUCAUGUACCCGCGCGAAUGGGACAGCAUCCCGCCCACCACCACUUCCCAAUCCCCAUCCGAAGCAGAACAAAUAACCCAAGCCCUCACCCUCCUCCGCCACGCAAGCCUCCAAUACGGCAUCUGGCUCCUCCCCAUCGACACCACCGCCGCGGCCGGCGCGCGCCUCACAGACACCAAGCUGCUCCGCCUGGGCCAGAUCCAGUUCGUGCCCUACGACAGCGUCCUGUACCUGCCCUCCCCGGGGCUGGUUCUCGACACCGCGAAGCUGGAUUCCGUGCUGCUUGGCCGCCCGCUCCCUGGGCGGUUUGAGGCGGCGCGGCUUGACUCGGUUAGUAACCCUGCGUGGGUGCCUGUGCCGCUGCGUCCCGAGCGCGAGGAACGGUUGCCUUCGACUGCUUAUCUUGUUACUGUUAAUAAUGUGGGGAAUGGGGUCCCGAUGGUUGAGGCUCGGGGGCAUGUUUUGAAUUCGGAGUUGGAGGGGUUUGGGGGGCUAGUGAGUCGAGUUCCUUCUUCGGAUUCGGAUCUAGAGCGAGAGGUGGGUUUGGAGGGGCAAGGGGAGGGGGCUGGAUAGGUAUGGGUUUAUCUUGUUUUGGGUGUUUAGAUUGAGUGUCGCUGGGAAGUUGAAAGGAAGGGG